GCUACCAACUUCAGAAUGAACAAGUUAAUUCUCGUUGUGCUAGCGCUUCUGGUAGCUAGUGCCAGUGCCAUUUCCAAUGGCCACGAAGCCGAACCCUCCCGAGUUCCUUGGGCGGCCGGUGUCCUCAUUCAUGGUGGAUCCGGACAUUCCUUCUGCAGUGGGGCCUUGAUAUCCGCACGCCAUGUUUUAACAUCGGCUGCUUGCAUCAACAAUCAACCUCAAACGAUGACCAUCGCUUUGGGAGCCAGUUCGAUGGCCAGCAUCGAGCAGGUCAUCGGAGUUUCGCACAUUCUACCGCAUCCGAGGUUCAGCUCGCUGUUGAACCGCGAUGAUAUUGCCAUUCUGACGAUGAACCGAGACGCCACCAUCAACGAUCACGUCCGACCGGUGCAACUGCCCAGGCAUUCCGAUAUGGCCACAAACUUCAACGGGUGGAUGGCAACUACAGCCGGUUGGGGUAAUACCGGGAACCGAGACAACGAACGGAUUCCGGUAGAGCGAUUAAGUUUCGUUCAGGAAUCCAUCAUUUCGAACUUCGCCUGUGGAAUUACGCACAGCUUCAUCCGCGAUGAGCACAUUUGCAAAUCGACCAGUGAAGGAGGAGCGUGUAAUGGUGAUGAAGGUGGUCCGGUAACUAUUCAGGAAGCUGGUCGUACUUUCCUGAUUGGUAUUCAUUCGUUCCACUUCGAUGGCAUUAGAGGGUGCGAUCGAGGUCGUGCCGCUGUGAACACGCGCAUUACCCACUAUCUGGACUGGAUCGAGGAGCAUACCGGCAUUGUGGCGCCGCGAUGAGGAACUCGUCCCGAUUAAUCGAAAACCAGACUGAAUAAAGUUUGUAAAAAUUUUAUUGUAUUUAAUUACCAAUUUGAACAAUGUCAUUUUAUUUGCAAUACAAAUAUUCUUAAUACCACCGAGAUCUUAGCUUCGUUGAAGAUGACCAGAAGCAGCAUGGUAUUACCGGGGUUUGUUUUCCUUGUUUAACCGCUAUUGUUAAUAUGAACAUUGUUUUUGCUAUGUAAAAAAAAAGAAAACAAAUUUCAAUUAUUUUUUUGAAAUGUCAUCU